CCCCCUACACCAGUCGAAUGUCAUCCGUCGUGUGAAGUGGUUGGCUGUCGAAUAUUUGUUUACAUAAAAUCGCGAUGCUCCUUCGGAAGUGACUUUUCAGUGCAAAGUGAACAUAUAAACAUACAAAAUGCUCGCGGACGGUGAAAUAGUUGGUGACGGAUCAUGGAACCUCACGAUCUACGUGACAGACAUGAACGAGAAACGCACUAUGGUUGUAAAGGGAGACAUGCACAUUGGUGGAGUUAUGCUGAAACUGACGGAGAGCUUCGGUAAAGAGUUCAAAAAGGACUGGUCAGACCAUGCGUUGUGGUGGCCGACGCGCAACAAAUGGCUGUCCCGACCCAAGCACACCCUGGACCAGUACGGCGUGCACGCAGAUGCGGCGUUACACUUUACGCCCAUGCAUAAGCCGCUGAGGAUACAGCUGCCCGACCUGAGAUACAUCGACUGCAAGAUCGACUUCUCCAUUGACACGUUCAGCGCGGUCGUGCAGCUGUGCAAAAGUCUUGGUAUAAGACAUCCUGAGGAACUAUCACUAUGUUAUCCUCUCGAGCCGUCACACUUGAAACAGAACUAUCAGAAUCUGAAAGAGGCGAAGAAGCUAAAGUCGACGCAGGCACCGGACACAAAUACCUUCAUAGCGGCCACCAGGGGCUCCUCGAAUAGCUUGGACAGAUCCAUCGCUUGUCCGGCGACACCACCGCCUCCACGCUCCUUGUCUGCUACGCCAGUGGCUUCGGCACAGAACGGCACUCUCAGACGUUAUGGAGGUCACAUUCAAAGCACACAAUCGGAUGGGUCCAGCGACGGUGGUUACUGUGGGACGCCACCUCGAGCUGCGUCUAUGGACGCUCUGGACUCUCUGGCAGAUCUCUCUCUUGCUGAUUCACCCCUGGAGCCUGAUAGCCAGUCGCGGGAAUCGCUCCUUACACCAAAGUCACUCAUGGAGCGCGCGAGAAUGAACGUCGGAUGGCUAGAUUCAUCGUUGUCAAUCAUGGAGCAAUACGUUCGAGAGUGGGACACCCUGCAGUUGCGGUUCAAAUUCUACUCCUUUUUCGACCUGACUCCACGAGCGCAGGACGCUUCCCGGCUCAACCAGAUGUACCAGCAGGCUCGCUGGCAAAUCCUCAACCAGGAAGUGCAUUGUACUGAAGAGGAAAUGCUGUUGUUUGCUGCACUACAGCUUCAAAUAGAGCUGCAAACCCUCGCCGGAGGCGGCGUAGACGCCAACGACGGGUCGGGCGCUGGGUCUGCCACCGCGCCUGAGGACGAGAUAGACGCCGCGCUGAGCGAGCUGCAGGUGCAGCUGGAGGGCGGGCCGCCCGCGCGCGCCGACAUCACGCACGUGCCCGAACUGGCCGGCUACUUGAAGUACCGAGGACGGCAGCGGUUCACCCUGCGCGCGUACAAGCGCGGCUGGGUGUCGUGUCGCGACGGCGUGCUGCGCAUACACAGCUCGCGCGACGCGGCCGCUCGUGGCGACGCGCCCUCCUACGCUGUCGAGCUCCGAGGCGCCGAGGUAACACCAGACGCGCACCCCGCUUCCGGCAGAUACGGCAUCAAGUUGGAGAUACCAUCAGAGGACACCAUGCACGAGAUGUGGCUCAAAUGCGAGAACGAGGAGCAGUACGCGGAGUGGGUGGCGGCGUGCCGGCUGGGGUCGCGCGGACGCUCGCUGGCCGACGCGGCGUUCGGCGCGGAGGCGGCGGCGGUGAAGACGCUGCUGGCGCUGCAGCGGCCGCAGCCCGACGCGGCGCUGCACCAGCACAGCGUGCCGCACCUCGACCACCUGCAGCCCGACAACUACCUCGCGCCGCGCUUCCUCAAGAAACUCAAGAGCAAGUUCACGCAGCGAGUGCUAGAAAGCCACGCGAACGUGAAGGAGCUGCCGCUGCUGGAAGCCAAGCUGCAGUACAUCAAGACGUGGCAGAACCUGCCCGACUACGGGCAGACGCUGUUCGUGGUGCGCUUCAUGGGCCACCGCAAGGACGAGAUCAUUAGCAUCGCCAACAACCGCAUCAUGCGGCUCGACCCCAACACCGGCGACCAUAUCAAGACGUGGAGGUUCAGCACUAUGAAGGCCUGGAACGUAAAUUGGGAGAUAAAACACAUGAUGGUGCAAUUCGAAGAGGGCAACAUAAUAUUCUCCGUCCAGUCCGCGGACUGCAAAGUCGUGCACGAGUUCAUCGGCGGCUACAUAUUCCUGUCCAUGCGCUCCAAGGACGCCAACCAGACGCUCGACGAGGAGCUGUUCCACAAACUGACUGGCGGAUGGACGUAAGACCUGAGACCAUAUUAGUUCUUCAUUGUCAACGCCUAAAAUGUGGUCAAUAGACCUAAGACCAUAAUAAUUCUUCAUUGUCAACGCGUAAAUGAGGUCAAUAGACUUAAGAUCAUAAUAGUUCUUCAUUGUCAACGCCUAAAAUGAGGUCAAUAGACCUAAGACCAUAUAAAUACUUCAUUGUCAACGCAAAAAAUGAGGUCAAUAGACCUCAAGUAAUCAAUUGAGUGCCAAAAGAUAACACUAUAAUUUGUCUACUUAUCAAUGACGAAGGUUGUAAUUUUGACGAAGGUUAGCCGUCCCAAACGAAAGAAAAUUUAUACCGGUACAAAAUCUGGCAUCUCAUACAUCUAUACUUAUACAGCUUGGUACAAACCCCGGUUUCUCAUCUAUCCAUACAUAUAUAAUUACAAUAAUGAAUAUGUAUGUAUGGAGUUUUAAAAGGUAAAGGGAAUCUGUAUGUACUCAUCGCCGCUGCUAUUUAUACCUCUUUCGUUGCGACGGAGGACGAAAGUGAGAGCGAUAUGUAGACAGAAUUAUUUCCUUAUCUUUUGGCACACGUAUUGGGAUUAUAAAAAUCUUAUUUUACUUUUACAAUUUGCGAGGAAUUUAAAUACUAAACCCACUAAUUUCUUGCGCUAUUACCUUUUUAAAGUCUAAAAAAUCCGGGUCUUGUUUUUUAAAAGCCCAAAUGUUUAUUGCAAUGAAAAUGUCUGCGGUUUUGUUAUAUAAAUUAUAUGUAAGAAUUGUUGAAUAUAGUAGGUAAUCCGCUAUUUUGCGGUAGUUCGUAGUCCAUCAUUAUGACUUUGCAAAGUAAUUCAAGUUGUGGGGAUUUCUCAGACUUUUGCGAAUUUCUGCAAAGUUUCAUUGUAAAUGAAGCGAUUACCGACCGAGUGGGGAAAAUAUUUUUCAUGUAUAAAUAAAGUUGACGUGUCAAGGGAAUUGAUAUAUUAUUAUUAUUAUAUGGAUUGUGAAUGCCUUUGUGAAUGUGCCUUGAAGAUUCUGACAUCCAUUUUCCAACUUGCUAGAAUUUUUAUUAACGACUACGCCAAUUAGAAAAUACAACAUUAAAAAAACCUAAAUAGUUUUCAAAUUAUCGAAUGUGUUGCCACAUGCAUAAAUACCAUCUGAAUUGAUUUUUUUAUGAUUGGACCAUCGAUCUCCAUUAAAAAAAUGGAUGCACAAUCAGCGACCAAAAAACGUCCCCACUCAAUGAGUGUCAAACACAACUUCUUAGCACUCAUUCAAGUUGUCGCAUUUGCAAAUUCAACCUUAAACUCGGUACUUAAAGUUGAAUUUACUUUGUAUUUGGGAUUUGAAAUUUUCUAGAUGAUUGUGCGUCCUUUUAUUAUUAUAUAAGAGGUCAAUGGAUUGGACACACUUUAAAAGCAUUAUCGAGGUUUUAUUUGUGAUACUGUAAAAGGAUGUUGUGUUAUAAAAACGAGUAACAAUAAGAAUUUUAACUACAUUGACUCAGGAUAGACUAGAUCUUAGUUUAAGUGCUUCCAUAUUUUAUAUAUUAUACCAUUGCCAAAUAAUAUAUCUUUUCAGAUCUUUGUAUAAUUACGCCUCCAUUUUUUAUAAUAUAAGUUGUAAUUAUAUUCAUAUGAAGCGAAGUUUUUUGACGCAUCUUUGGAAUGUCUUCGAGUUCUAAUACAUACUUAAACAGAGAACUAAAUAACAAAUAGAAGAUGUCUGUGUGUUAUCUGUAGAUGAAAAAAAAACAUACAUACAGCCGAACGUAGAACCUCCUCCUUUUUGGAAGUCGGUUAAAAAGAACAACUUACGUAUGCAUCUGAAAACUUUUUGAAAAAAAAUGCUUUUUACGUCAGUCAAAAGGAACGAAUGACAAAAUCUGAUCUGAGAACUGACUGAAUGUUGAUUCAUAAUUUGUAACUUUAAAAGAAUGAAGUGAUGAAUUGUGAAUGAACGUUCUUUUAUUGGGAAUCGAAUAUUUCAUUUCUUCACAUUUCGCGUAAAAACUUCGCUUCUCGGCACUUUAAUGUUUGUAUUUAAAUGUCAAUUAAAUAAAUUAAUAUUGAUGAGCUUUUGUAUUUUAGGUAAGACAUGAUUUUAGCUAAGCCACUUUUCAGAUAAUUUAAAAAUAGAAUUUACCUUAAAAUUUGUCAAAUGUAUUUUUGUUUUUCAAUUUGAUUAUAAACUGGCGGCCCUUAGACGUUCAAUUAUAUUGCGUCAAUGAUAAUUGUAUACUAUAGAUUGGUUACGUCACUACAAAAUCACUGCAAGUGAUCCGAGUAAUAGGGGCGCUAAGACAGGUAUUAUUUGUUUAAAUAACGUUCGUCGUUGACCACAACUAACAUUGAGUUGACUAUAAAGGAGAUGGUCCAAAAUUGUAUGGAGCCCAGGAUCAGUCGCUGUACCCUGGCGGAAAUAUAUAAAGAUAUUUUUUUAACUAUUUUUGAUUAAUAACUAAUUAUAAUGGCGGAUAGAUGACGUUUUCAAUGCAAUAAUCGAUUUGACGUUUGCUGUCAAUUGUCAUGUCAUAGCUCUAUGGGCGCCAUCUUGAUAACUCAAAAACUUGGGUUUUUAUUUGAUUUAUUUCUUUUUAUUUAGUUAGAUUUAUUCACUUUAAUAAGUUUUAAUAUGAUCCUUGUAUUUUUAAAAUUUAAAUGAUACGAGGUAUAAGAGUGGAUCUGAAUUGGAUCAUCUCCUUUCCUCUUUUGAGCGCCUCAUUUUUCAUACGCUAGUAACACAUCUAGCAGUAUUUAAUUUUGAAGAUUGUGCAAUAAUUGAAGGCAAGUUUCAGCGAGUUAAAUUUUUAUUGCACCAUAUUUUUCCGUGUGGCAAUAUUGUGCAAUAUUUUUAGUCUGUAUUUCGUCUGUAGGAGGAGUAUUGAACACACAAAAACAUUGCAAUUCGUAGUAUGGUGCAAUAAUUGAUCGUGUGGAUUCAAAGUUAUUUUCAAUCAUGUUAUUCAAUAUUAUUGUAGGUCUAAGGUGCCGCCAAUUUGGCAAAUAAGCAAACUUUUUAUGCACACACUAUUUUAUAAUGUAUUAAAAUAGAAUGUAUUUGUACGAUGUAUUUGAACUACGUUUUAGUUCAGUAAGAAUAUAUUAACUGUAAUAACAAAGUGCCAUUAGAUCCAACGCAGUUAUUUUUUUUUUACUACAAUAAUGAAUAUUUCAUAAUUCAAUAUGGUGCUUUAAAAUAAAAUAUAUUAAGGUUAAUAAUAUUGUUGAGUGGCCUUAAUUAUUACAAAAAUAAUAAUAUUAUUUGCUUUUCUGUUUUAGUAUACAUUGUAAAUAACAUUGGUGUUGAGUGGAUGGCAUAUUUUUAGAGAAUUAUUUUUUAUUCUAACUAUAUUAUUAUACAUAUGAACUAGCGGAGCAAUCAAAUUUAUUUAUUGGUAUAUAAAUAUAAAAUAGUACAAAGAUUGUUUUCUGUAUGGAACGCACAAUAAAUGUCGAAAUCAAGGAAUAUAUGCAAUUAUUUUAAAAUAAAAAAAACAUACAAUGCAAAGAAUUAAGUAUAUUUUAUUAAUCGUUGACCGCUAGUCACUAAGUUCGCAUGAAAUGCUAUCGCGUUAAUAUAAGUUAACAAUAUUAAAACGUAAAUUUUACUAUAGAUUUAUUGUACAAAAUGUAUGUACACAAUUAUUAUUAUUAAACAAAUUAGUAUGUUUGUACAUGAAUGUCGAAAUAAAUGUAAAUUAAUAACAACAA